AUGGAAGAAACAAAAAAACAAAAGAACCCACCGUCACCUUCGCCCACACCGGUGUCAAUUAGCAAGACUGUAACCCGUCUCAAGAAUAUGCAUGGUAAAGCACAAACAGUUAAUGAUCGGCUUAUUAAAUUAAAAGAAACCGUCACAGGCAAAGAUCAAAUUAUCACAAAACAA